AUGAAGGCGAGAGAUGGGAAGCAUGGGCUAGGUUAUGUGUAUUUGCUCAACCUGGUCUUCAAGCAUUUUGGAGUGGUUGUAGGCAAGGGUGUUAAGGAUACAAUCAAGCAAGCAUUCUCCCAUUCCACCCUUUUGGAGUGUAAAUGUGUUGAAGGUCGAACCGGCAAAAAGGCUAAGUCUCUGAUGUAUGAUUUCCUAGAGCAGCAGGAAAAUUUAAAGCAGGAAUUGGAAGAAAUGAUAGUGACCCUGGCAAGUCGAGAUGCUGAGAUUUCAAGUCUCAAUGCCCAAUUAUUGCUAUCUCAGACUGAGGGUCCUGCUUCAACUGAAAUUGCUGAGUUGAAAACUCAAAAUGUCACUCUUACUGCUGAGGUUAAAACUCUCACUCAGCAGUUACUUCAGGCUCAUGGUGACAAACCAGCAGAGACUGCAGACCUAAAGCCAUUCAAAUGUAUCUUAGGUUGUGGAUCUCCAAAUACUCAAACCUUGGACAAUAAAGUCAGUCAGUUUUUCUCUCCAAGAUUUGACAAUCAAAAACGUGUGUUGGGUCUCUCUCAAGAAAAGAAUUACUUCAACAAAGGCUGCACGGGACCUGAUAGAGCUGCUCAAGAUACUCUUCAUUGUGAAAUACCAAGGGAGCUUGGAUAUCUUCAAAGACUUCAACUGUUUGGAUUGUAUCAAAACAGGCUGAGUGGUUCAAUUCCAGCAAGCCUUUUCAACAUUUCAACCCUCCAAAUCUUGACAAUUGUGGAUUGUCAGCUAUCGGGGAGUUUACCAUCAAAUGUAGGGCAAGGGACACCAAACCUCAAAGAAAUUUAUUUGGGAAUGAAUAAUCUCAGUGGAGCCUUCCCUGCUUCUAUUUCCAAUGCUUCAAGACUCACUGUUCUAGACCUUUCUAACAACAUCCUCUCAGGUUCCAUUCCUGAUUCCCUUGGUAAUUUAGAAUUCCUUGAACUUCUACAGAUAGGCCUUAACAAUUUGAUCUAUCAUAAUCCCUCUUCACAAUUAACUUUCCUGACUUCACUGACAAGAUGUCGAAAUCUAAGAGAACUCGUCAUUGCACAAAAUCCCUUGAAUGGCGUUCUUCCAGCUUCUAUCGGUAACUUCUCAAGCUCUCUCCAAAUCUUUCCUGCACCCGGGUGUAAACUCAGAGGCAGAAUCUCAGAAGAAAUAGGAAACCUAACAAAUGUGAUAUCCAUAUCACUAUUUGCCAAUGACUUGACAGGGUCCAUCCCGAAAACUGUCAGAGGUUUGCAGAAGCUUCAAGGGAUUCUUAUACAAAGUAACAUGAUAAGCGGGACUAUACCAGAUGAAAUUUGCUACUUGCAAAAUAUAGGAAACCUCAUUUUAGGUCAAAAUAAAAUGUCAGGUCCCUUGCCAUCCUGUUUGGGGAAUGUUACUUCUUUGAGAAAUUUAUAUCUACUUUCAAACAAGUUGAACUCCAGCUUACCGGAGACCCUAUGGAGCCUUCAAGAUCUAUUGACAUGA